GAAGAAACCAAACUGCGGCAGAUCUGCAGAGCAGGACUCCCUUACCGGUACUGUACAUACGUACGCGGAGAGUGCCUAUCUUUAGGUAACAUGUCACGCCAUACAGGCCGCUGAGCAAGGAUGGACGGGUGCACCCGAGGGGAAACCUUGAAACCGGAAAACCCAGACUCGGAGUUGUGUGUUCACUUGACUCACUUGAACAGAUCUCACACACUGGCAAUCACCGACAGCCCGCAAAAACGUCCGAAACGAAGAUCCAGCACAUCCCCCACGCCUCGCCAAUCGCCUCCGGAGAAGGCUGUGCCGUGGCGGGAUGGAAGGGCGGUGGCUGGCUGCAGUUGUCAACAGGACAACAAACGCCCACAACGCCCGCGAUAUGUGGCUGAGAAGGCGGUGACUGACGGUGGACUAGAUACGAAGAAUAAUGACGAGAAUAAUGGCCAGGGGGGGGCGGAAAACAAACAGGAAAAGGAAAAUGCCGGGGUGCGGAUGGGAAAGAUUAAGCUAUUCGGCUCUCUUUCCGAUGCAGAUGCAGAUGCGAAUGCAGAUGAAACCGGCAGCGUCGCCUUGUCGGGUGCUUGCCUUGCCCGUACAUACACUUAUGGUAACGUUAUGCAACUCAGAGCUGGCCUCAUGGAACUGAAAGCCCAGAUUGGCAGGCCCAAACGCCGAGGAGCAUCUCACUGUAACAAAGGUCGGGAAGCCUGUUUGGGCUAUUAUUGCUCUGCCCUGCCUUCACAAUGAGGCUUCUCAGAUCAACUCGGAAGUCAAGCUCGGAACUCUAACGUCCGAACGAAUCCAAAAAUGAUUCAUCAACCCCAACCAGCUGACCUCAACUGCCUGAGUAACAGUAUGAAGCCAGCCCGACGGCACCCUUCUUUUACACGAGUCACUGACAGGACCCCCCAGUUACUCCCUGAUUUCCCCAGCAUGCCCCAAUUUGCCCCAAUUACAGCUGAUCUGGGGCUGUGAACUUCAACUCCACCGAAUUAUAUCAGAUAUCACUGCCC